UCAAGGUUUCUACUGAAGGUUUGGCGUUAAUCAACUCAUAUCAUUCUUCCCAAAGAUGAACGGCCGCUACAAGGAGAGCUACAACUGCUCCUAUUGUACAGAUGAGAAAAUUUAGGCUUCGUAUCGCCCCGGCUGUGUGACCUUGGGCAAGUCACUAGGACUGCAGCCUGAAAUCCAAGGGCUCCAACCAGUUUCGUGAAGGCACAGACGCACUCGGUGAAUGAAUGAGCAACCGAACCAGGAUCUCUCCUAAGGCCAAGGAGGCCACAUCCGCUCCCCGCAGGGCGUCCUUUCCCAAGGCCGAGCCUACCGCACAGGCUCCUGCGGCCUAAGUCGACUCUCAGCCUCUCGUUCCGCCCGGUAGGGAGCUGGCACGCGCGGAACAGCGCCGGGCGCCAGCUUCUCCGGGCGUGGACCAGACAGGCCGGACAGGGCGUGUGGGGCUGGGAGCGAGGGACCGCGGUCGUCACAGGAACUCAUGCCGGCGGCGACAGCGUGGCCCGCACAGAUCCGUGCGCCCAGCCCGGUCCCCGAAGGAUCGAGUCCCAGCCGCAGGCGCCCCCGGAUGUCCGGCCUCCCGCUCCCGCGCCCCGGCCCGCUUGCCGCCCGCCUGUGCGGCCUGCUCUGCGCGGGGAGCUCCCGCUCGGCCACUGGGGCCCGGUCCUCAACCCCUCGCCCACGCCCGCUCCUCCCCCCACCUCCUGCUCAGCUCCCCAGGGCAGGGCCCGCGACUCCAGGCGCCGGCAGAUCGCGGGCCCAUGUCCGUAGCGCCUACCUCGGGGGCGGUGGCGGCGGGCUCGGCGGCUGCUACCGCGGGGGCUGCAGCGCGAGGAACGGAGAGCAGCGGCUGGGCCGAGGGCGGGACAGCGCGGACGGCGGCGGCGCGGACCCGCCCCGACCCUGCGCGCCCGGCCUGGCGAGCUCCGCCCCUGGGCCCGCCCCGGACACCGCCCAGGCCUGGGCCCGGGUCCCCAACCAGCUCCCGGCCAGAACCAUUACCUUCCUGCGACCUCAGUGCCCACCGCGGACGCGUGUGCCCGCAGGCGUGUGCGGGCACGCGUGGGUGCUGCGUGCGCCCGGACACGGGGCCGGGGAGGCGUGGGGCUGA